CUCAACACCUACUAUAGUCUUUUUUGUCAAACAUUUUAAUUUCCUCCAUUUCCAAAUUCCUUCUACUUAUCUUUGUUUGCCUAAUUUUCUCUGUUUUAUGGAUAGACAAAUCAAGAAACACAAAUUUCACUAUGAUCAAACUCAUCCUAUACAUGGAUUUAAUUCACUACCUCAAGAAAUUGUCCUUGACAUAGCCUCAAGGCUUCCCAUAACAUCUUUAGUCCAAUUCACAUUGUCUUGCAAAUCAUUUUACAACAUGUUACAUGACAUAGACCUUGUGAAUAUGCACAAGAAUCGCGUAGUUGAGACCGAUCCUUGCAUUAUUAUACACGCGGAUUACCCUUUGAGGAAUCAACUCUACUUUCUUGAAUUCUCCAAUCAUCGCGAUGUUAUGAGGAAAAUCAGGACACCUUUUGCAAACUAUGUGCCUGAAUUUAAAGUAGUUGGUUCAUGUCAAGGACUAUUAUGCAUAUGUGAUUCUUUGUUUAGUGAUGCACUUUAUGUGUACAAUCCUUUUACAAGGGAUUACAAACAACUCCCUAGAUCAAUCGAAUUCGAGGUACAAAAAUUGGUUUUUGGUUUUGGAUUUCAUCCUGUUACUAAAGAGUAUAAAGUGAUCAAGAUCAUAAACUAUGCCAACAUGUAUUAUAAUGAACCUGGACGUUAUCGUAGGUUUCGAGUCCCUUUCUUUGGUAAAUCAGAUGUUCAAGUACUUAGUCUUGGUACUAACAACAGAUGGAGGAGUGUUGGAGAAGUUGUAUAUCGUUUUGAUCCAAGUUCUCAAGGAAUUCUGUUGAACGGGAAGAUGCAUUGGUUGACUCGAUUUGGUAAGUAUCAUGGACGUCGUGAUAAGCUUAUUGUUUCGUUUGAUUUGGCUGACGACGUGUUUGGUGAAGUACCAAAAGUUGAUUUUGAUGUUAAGCCAAGAAUUGUUCAGUAUCAUUUAGUAGUUCUUGGUGAUUGUCUUGCUGUUGGUCUAACUUUGCCUCACUAUAAAGGGGGAGGAUUUGAAAUUUGGGUAAUGAGAGAAUAUAAUGUGAAAGAAUCUUGGAUGAAAGAGUUUAGAAUUGGGGCUUAUACACCAAAUCCAAAUUGUGUAACACAACAUGUGAAACCAUUGGUGAAAGUUUUAUGUUUGUUGAAGAAUGGAGAGAUCUUGUUGGAGUACAAAGGUGGAAAUCUUGUUUCAUAUGAUCCUAAAAAUUGUGUCUUUAGGACUUUAAGGUUUCAAGGGAUGCCUAAUUUGUUUCAAACAUUUGUUCAUGUUGGUUGUCUUAAUUGGGUUGAUAUUCCACCUCAUGAUCUUUUACAAAAUUAGAUCAUCUAAAACAAUCAGAGGCGGAGCUAGGAUGGGAAGUAGGGGUUCGGUAGAACACAGUAACUUUGGUCUAAACCCUAUAUAUUUGUUAAGAGAUCCAUUUGAAAAUGUAUAGAAUUAGAUCAUCAAACUUGUUUUGGGGUUCCCUCUCAGUGUAUGGUACACACAUUGGGGCCCGACUACAUCUGGAUUCGCAUCAGGUAGUAGGGUAAAAACGCUCCUUAACAAAGGCGACUCUGUAUCCAGAUCAUCAAACUUAUUACAAACCUUUAUUGAAAAGCUUAGUACUUUGUUUCUUUGUCUUUUGAAAUAGUUGUGUAACAUACAACAGAAGGUGCUUAUUUCAGUGAUAUAUGUUUAAAGACUGUGA